AUGGAGAAAACAGAAGAGACUAAAGAGGAAUACAACCUUAAUAGAGACUUAGACAGGACUGAUCUUGAUGAAAUAGCUCAGAAAAUCGAGGAAGAGCAGGACUUUGUUGAAUCAAGGGUAGAUAUGGAAGAAAAAGCCUCUGAGAAACCUACUGUUGGUGCAACUUGCCCCUUCAGAGUCUGUCUUAAGAAGGGCAAGACUUAUUAUUACUGCACAUGUGGGAAGUCAACUAAAAACCCAUUUUGAGAUGGAGUCUCUCAUAAGGAUACUGAAUUCAAACCCUUAAAAGUUGAAUGCAAGGUCCAAGCUAAGUAUAGAAAUUGGUGAGGAUGUAAAAGAAAUAAUUCCAGAGCUGGAGCAAUGUGUGAUGGAAAUCAUAUAAGAAUUGACUGGUAA